ACAGGAACAACAGAGACUGGUGAAACCCCUGAAUCCCAGUAGGCCCAGUAUGAACCCAUCUUCAUGAUCAGCUCCUAGGAAGGAGGCGUUGUCUCUGAAAGCAGCCAAAGACCUGAACUGUGACGUUCAGGAAGUAGCAGAUAAAAAAGCUUAAAGUAGGAAGUGUUCAGAGUUUGGAGCCACAUCCUGAUCACAUCAAGAGACGAAGCUUCACUCCACAUCCAGAGGAAACAUGGACCAAACAGCUCUGAUGCUGCUUCUGUGUCUCUGCAGCUCAGCGCUGUCUGAUGAACUCAGACUGGUAGCAGGAAGGAGGCGCUGUGUUGGCAGACUGGAGAAGAAGAAUCGGGGAGACUGGGAACCAGUGACUGAUUGGAACUGGAACUUUACAUCAGCAGCUGGAACUUGCAGACAGCUCCACUGUGGAUCUGUGGUGUCGUUACAAAAAGAUGAGGACGACAAUGUAGAGAUCGUCUGUUCAGACUCAGUCAGGCUGGUUCAAGGGACCAACCGGUGCUCAGGCAGACUGGAGGUGAAGACCAACCAGUCGUGGUCCUCCGUGUGUGAAAAAGACUUUGACCUGCAGGAUGCAGAGGUGGUCUGCAGGGAGAUUGGCUGUGGGCCUCCUUCAGUCCACCAGGGGGCGCUCUAUGGAGAAGCAGAGGCUCCAGUGGGGAGCAGAGAGUUCCUGUGUGAAGGCAGUGAGUCUGCUCUGCUGAACUGCAGCAGCAGGAAGAGUUCAGGUAGAAACAGCUGCUCACCUGGUCAAGCUGUUGGACUCACCUGUUCAGAUCAAGACAACAUCAGGUUGGUGGGAGAGGCCAGCCGAUGUGCCGGGAGACUGGAGAUGUUACAUCAAGAAGAGUGGAGACCAGUGGCUGUUUGGUCUCAUUACUGGGACAUGAACUCAGCUGCUGCAGUUUGUGCUGGACUGGACUGUGGUUCUGCUGUUUCAGCAAGAAAGUCAAAUAAAGCUUCAAAGGGAAAAGUUUGGAGGAUCAGGUCUUACUGUUUGCAGUCAGGAUCUGCAUUAAAUUACUGUUUCCCUUCUGAUGGAAACAGUGAUCAGAGCCUUGAGUUCAUCUGCUCAGGUCUGCUGGUUGAGCCGCUCAUCUUCCUCUCUUCCUCCACUGACGGGGUCUCCACAGGCAGAAAGCAGGGGUCUGAGCUCCUCAUUGGCUCACAUUUCAGCAUCAUGUGCUCCAUCAGACCUCAGUAUGAAGGCGGCUCCUUCCAGCUCAUCUUCAGCACCUCUAACUACACUCAGAACCAGACCCUGCCAGCUGUUAAUCACUCCGCCCUCUUCCUGUUCUCUGCUGCUGGCCACGCCCACCAAGGAACCUACCGCUGCGUUUACCACGUCUACGUUUUCUCCUAUAACUUCUCCUCUAUCAGCCAGCCUCUCAACCUCACUGUCUCAGGCAAUGUCAUGGAGUCCAUGAGGAAAAGUUCUGCUUCAGUUUCAGCCUCUCCCACUGCUUUGAUCAUCAGACUGGUUGUCGUCCUGCUGGGUAUGCUGGGAUCAGUCCUGCUCCUCUACUUUAAGGCCAGGAGAAACCAGAAGUCUGGACCAGAAAACAACCAUCAUGAUGAAGGAUCCAGAGCUGAAGGCAGCUUAGAGGAGGAGACUGCAGUCUGAAGGAACCAGGAGAAAAUGAUCUUCAUUUCACAUCCGCAGGAAGGAGCAGAGACAUGUUUCAGACUCCUGGAAAUCUAUCCGUCUAUGUAUCUAUGAUAAAAUGUCUCUGUGCUCCUGCAGCAGGAAGGAAGUUCAACAUUCAGAAAUUUGUAUCUGGACUAAACCUACUUAAGUUAAACUUAUAUAAGAAGGGAACACAAAACAAAACAUUCAACAAACAAAAUAUAACAGAAAACCCACUUCAUCAAAAUCUUGCAAGGAUAGCAUAUGAUAGGAUAUUUGGGGUCAAAGGUCAGGUAGCCAAUUCCAUCAGGCCCUGAACCCAGCUUGUGUCCUUGUCUUAGUUGAAUUGUAUGACAAAUGUAAUACAGUUUAUCCUGGCUUGUAAUACUUUGUCCUGCCUGUAGGUGGUGUAUGUCAUCACUGCCAUGAUAACCCAUCCAAUACAUCCAGUUCCCACAAGUCUGAACCAGAUGUGAUCCAUCUUCGUAGGGAAGUGCAUGCACAAUGCAUAGUGGACCCAUGGCUUCGAGACCAUGGCUUUGUAAAGGAGAUAUGAACUCUCUGUGUGAAUAAUGAGGUUCUGGUGACUGGCAGACCAAGUACAUGUAGAAACAAACAUGCAGCAACAAACAAAAAGAAAACAUGCGGACACUCUUGACCAAUGUUGUGAAAACUGGUGUAGAGUGGUGAGAUCUUUCCAGGUAUACGCAGAAAAUGGAUCAUAAAGGCCUGAGAGGCAUAAGUAAUCUUGCAUUUUGAUUUACUGUUGAUUAAAAAUAUAUAUAUUCUUGUAUUUUAAUUACUGAUUGAUUAUAAGAAAUGUAUUCUUGUGUUUUGAUUUAUUAAUGAUUAUAAAAUAAGGAUUUUUGUACUUUGAUUUACUGAUGAUUAUACAAAGAGUUGAUGUAAUAAAGAGCAGAU